AUGCAAGCAAUCAAAUGUGUUGUCGUCGGUGACGGUGCUGUUGGAAAGACCUGUCUCCUUAUCUCAUAUACAACCAAUGCAUUCCCGGGAGAAUACAUACCAACAGUCUUCGACAACUAUGCUGCGAAUGUCAUGGUAGACGGAAAACCGAUUAACCUAGGAUUGUGGGAUACCGCUGGACAAGAAGACUACGACCGACUUCGGCCUUUAUCCUAUCCACAGACCGACGUCUUUCUGAUUUGCUUCUCCUUGGUCAGUCCACCAAGUUUCGAAAACGUUCGCACGAAGUGGUUUCCGGAGAUCUCUCACCAUGCUCCAGGGGUUCCCACAAUAUUGGUGGGGACAAAACUCGAUCUGAGAGAAGACAAGACAACGAUAGACAAGUUACGCGAGAAAAGAAUGGCGCCUAUUGGAUACCCACAGGGUCUCCAGAUGGCAAAAGAUAUCAGUGCUGUGCGCUACCUUGAAUGUUCGGCUUUGACACAGAAGGGAUUGAAGAGUGUGUUUGAUGAAGCGAUUCGUGCUGUGCUGGUACCAAGCGUACCACAAGGUCGAAAGAAGAAGGGAUGCACGGUACUCUAA